AUGGAGCUGUCCGAGGUCCGGUGCUCCAGCGCCAGCGAGGAGCUGUACACCAUCAAUAAGACCCCGAGCAGCAGCAGUGGUAAUGCACGACCCAAGCGGCUGCUGUGGCAGAACGCGGUGCGGCACAUCACCGAGCAGCGCUUCAUCCACGAGCAGGAAGGUGGAGGUGGAGCAGGAGGUGGAGGAGGUGGAGUAAAGGGCAUCGGGCCGGACGAGCCUUACGACCCGAGCCAGGACGCACGGAAGCAGUCCUCCUCCGGACGCGCCUCGGUGGGGGACCGGCACAACAACGGAGGAACCAAGGUGUUCCCCGAGCGGGCCAGCAGCGACCUGGGCUUCCUGCAGAUCGACUGCGCUCCCAGUAACUCGGACUUCUUCCUGAACUGGGGCUACACCUACCGGGGCGUCAUCUUCCCCACCCUGCGCAACGCCUUCAAGUCCCGGGACCUGGAGCGCCUCUACCAGCGCUACUUCUUGGGCCAGAGGCGCAAAUCCGUGGUGGUGAUGAACAUCUUGGACGUGGUGACCAAGCUCACCUUGCUGGUGCUGCACCUGACCCUGGCCUCCUCCCCGAUGGACCCCAUCAAGGGCACGCUGCUGGGGUUCUUCACGGGCAUCGAGGUGGUGAUCUGCGCCCUGGUGGUGGUGAGGAAGGACACCACCUCGCACAGCUACCUGCAGUACAGUGGGGUGGUCACCUGGGUGGCCAUGGCCACGCAGAUCCUGGCUGCCGGGCUGGGCUACGGGCUGCUGGGGGACGGGGUGGGCUACGUGCUGUUCACGCUGUUCGCCACCUACAGCAUGCUGCCGCUGCCGCUCACCUGGGCCAUCAUGGCGGGGCUGCUCACCUCCGGGCUCCACAUCCUGGUCCAGAUGCUCAUCUCCCAGAAUGCAGCGCUGUCUACCAACCAGGUAGCGGCUCAGGCUGUGUUGUUCAUGUGCAUGAACACGGCUGGGAUUUUCAUCAGUUACCUGUCCGACCGCGCUCAGCGUCAGGCCUUCCUGGAGACGCGGCGCUGCAUCGAGGCUCGGCUGCGACUCGAGACGGAGAACCAGAGACAGGAGAGACUGGUGUUAUCAGUCCUGCCACGUUUUGUAGUUUUAGAAAUGAUCAACGACAUGACAAAUGUAGAGGACGAACACCUCCAGCAUCAGUUUCACAGAAUCUACAUCCACCGCUACGAGAAUGUCAGCAUUCUUUUCGCAGAUGUUAAAGGCUUCACAAACCUCUCCACGACGCUGUCAGCGCAGGAGCUGGUGCGAAUGUUGAAUGAACUCUUUGCACGCUUCGACCGCCUCGCACACGAGAACCACUGCCUACGAAUAAAGAUCCUGGGAGACUGUUACUACUGUGUGUCUGGUCUACCUGAGCCCAGACAGGACCACGCCCACUGCUGUGUGGAGAUGGGCCUCAGCAUGAUCAAAACCAUCAGAUAUGUGAGAUCGCGUACGAAACACGACAUCGACAUGCGUAUCGGAAUCCACUCGGGUUCCGUGUUGUGCGGUGUGUUGGGACUCAGGAAGUGGCAGUUCGAUGUCUGGUCCUGGGACGUGGACAUCGCCAACAAGCUGGAGUCUGGUGGGAUCCCAGGGAGGAUUCACAUCUCCAAAGCAGCUCUGGACUGUUUGAACGGUGACUACGAGGUGGAGGAGGGACACGGGAAGGACCGCAACGACUUCCUCCGACGCCACAACAUCGAGACCUACCUUAUCAAGCAGCCGGAGGAGAGUACGCUCAGCCUGCCGGAGGACAUCAUGAAGGAUUCGGCAACUUCGGCCGACCGCCGGGCCAGCAGCACCACUUUUAACGAAGCGUCCUGGAGCCCAGAGCUUCCCUUCGACAACAUUGUGGGGAAGCAGAACACUCUGGCUGCCCUAACGAGAAAUUCGAUAAAUCUGCUUCCAAACCAUCUCGCACAAGCUUUGCAUGUCCACUCUGGUCCUGAGGAAAUUAACAAGCGAAUAGAGAGCGCCAUCGACUUACGGAGUGGCGAUAAGUUGAGAAGAGAGCAUAUCAAGUCUUUCUCACUGAUGUUUAAAGACUCCAGCCUGGAAGAGAAGUACUCCCAGAUGAGGGACGAGGUCUUCAAGUCCAACCUGGUGUGCGCCUUCAUCGUGCUCAUCUUCAUCACCACCAUCCAAAGCCUGCUUCCCUCCGCCAGGAUGGUAACCAUGGCGAUCCAGUUCUCGAUCCUCAUCGUCCUCCAUUCCUGUCUGGUCCUAGUUACGACGGCGGAGGACUACAAGUGUCUGCCGCUCGUCCUCCGCAAAGCCUGCUGCUGGAUCAACGAGACCUACGCGGCCAGAAACGUCAUCAUCUUCGUCUCCAUCCUCAUCAACUUCCUGGCAGCCAUGAUCAACAUAUUCUAUUGCGACUUCGACAUGUCCGACACCUUCAAGAACCAGACGUACAACGAGUCGACCUCCAUCCCAGACAUCUGCUUCUACCCAGAGUACUUUGUGUUCACGGGGGUCCUGGCGAUGGUGACAUGUGCCGUGUUCCUGCGGCUCAACUCGGUGUUGAAGUUGGCGGUUCUGCUGGUGAUGAUCGCCAUCUACUCGCUGCUGACGGAGGCUUUCUACACCUCACUGUUUGUCCGCUACGACAACAUCCACCACAACACAGAAAACUUCCUGGGGACCAAAGAGACGUCUUUACUCCUGAUGGCCAUGUUCCUCCUCGCUGUGUUUUACCACGGCCAGCAGCUGGAGUACACGGCGCGGCUGGACUUCCUGUGGCGCGUCCAGGCCAAAAUGGAGAUCAACGAGAUGAAGGAGCUGCGAGAACACAACGAGAACAUGCUGAGGAACAUCCUGCCCAGCCACGUGGCCCGACACUUCCUGGAGAAGGACCGGGACAACGAGGAGCUGUACUCCCAGUCCUACGACUCCGUGGGCGUGAUGUUCGCCUCCAUCCCGGGCUUCGCCGACUUCUACUCCCAGACGGAGAUGAACAACCAGGGAGUGGAGUGCCUCAGGCUCCUCAACGAAAUCAUUGCCGACUUCGACGAGCUGCUCGGAGAGGAUCGGUUCCAGGACAUCGAGAAGAUCAAGACCAUCGGCAGCACCUACAUGGCCGUCUCUGGUCUGUCCCCCGAAAAACAGCAGUGUGAAGAUAAAUGGGGUCACCUGUGCGCGUUGGCCGAUUUCGCCAUCGCCCUCAACGAGAGCAUCCAGGAGAUCAACAAACACUCGUUCAACAACUUUGAGCUGAGGAUCGGAAUGGCCCACGGCUCGGUGGUGGCCGGCGUGAUCGGCGCCAAGAAGCCUCAGUACGACAUCUGGGGGAAGACGGUGAACCUGUCCAGCCGGAUGGACAGCACGGGGGUCAGCGGCAAGAUCCAGGUCCCCGAGGACACCUACCUGAUCCUGAAGGAGCGCGGCUUCGCCUUCGAGUACCGCGGCGAGAUCUACGUCAAGGGCAUCAGCGAGCAGGAGGGCAAGAUCCGGACGCACUUCCUGCUGGGCCGCGUGCAGCCCAACCCGCUCAUCAUGCAGCCGCGCAAGAUCACCGGCGAGUACUCGCUGGCCACCGUGGUGCUCAGCCUGGUGCAGUCGCUCAACAGGCAGAAGCAGAAGCAGAUCCUCAACGAGAACAACAACUCGGGCAUCAUGAAGGGCCACCACCACUACAACCGGAGGACGUUGUUAGCGCCCGGUAGCUCCGAGGUGGGAGCGGGGCACCACCCCGAGGCGGCCGAUAAGACGGAGCUGUCCUGA